CUUUUGAAGUUCUUCUCGUCUGGUACUUCGCCGGCGACGAGCACCAACCAGAAGCUAUCACAAUAAGAUGGAGGAACCACUUUUGGACCAUAGUUCUUCACCCUUACCUGAGGCAGUGAGCAGUAGAUCCCUUUUCACAGAUGCUGGAUUGUUUAGUAAAAUCACUUUUUCUUGGAUGGGUCCUUUACUUGAUCUUGGGAAGAGGAAAACACUAGACCUUGAUGAUGUGCCAUUAUUGGAUGACAGAGACAGUGUUCACGGGAUCGUACCUAAGUUUAAAUCAAAUAUUGACUCGAUUUCUGCUACUGAGCAGUGCAGUGAUGUUACAACAGUUAAGCUAGUCAAAGCUCUUGUGCUCACAACAUGGAAGCUAAUCAUUGUCACUGCAGUUUAUGCCCUGCUCCGUACUAUCACUUCAUAUGUUGGUCCCUAUCUGAUUGAGGACUUUGUUAGCUACCUAAAUGAAAGUCCACGGUCUACUAAAAGAGGAUACCUUUUGGUGUUGGCAUUUGUUGUUGCGCAGCUCAUGGAAGGUCUCUCGUCAAGGCACUUGCUCUUCAGAUCGCAACAACUAGGCGUGCGUGUGCAUUCUGCUCUUAUUGCUAUUAUUUACCAAAAGGGUCUUGCCCUCUCCAGUCAGUACAGGCAAGGUAGCUCAAGUGGAGAGCUGAUCAAUGUUGUGAACCUUGAUGCUGAGUGCGUUGGAAAUUUCAAUUGGUCUAUGCACGAGCUUUGGCUGCUCCCUGUGCAAAUUACUCUUGCAAUGGUUAUCUUAUACUCCACUCUUGGCCUGGCAGCACUUGCUGCCCUUGCUGCUACUAUUUUGACAAUGUUGGCUAACCUUUGGGGAGGAUCGAGCAAAAUUUCCAAGAGAAAACUAUGAAUGCCAAGGAUGCUAGAAUGAGUACUAUGUCUGAGAUAUUACAGAACAUGCGCAUUCUCAAGCUUCUGGGUUGGGAAUUGAUUUUCUUGUCCAAGAUAAAAGAGUUGAGAAAGGUUGAGAUGAACUGGGUAAAGAAAUAUGUCUACAUCUCAUCAAUUCUUAUAUCUGUCUUUUUUGGUGCUCCUGCAUUUGUUGCCAUGGUCCCUUUUGGAACUUGGAUACUGUUUGGCAUCCCACUAGAAACAGGCAAAGUAUUAUCUGCGCUGGCCACAUUUAGGCAGUUGCAGGGUAUUAUUCAUAGUCUGCCGGACACAA